AAAAAACUAAUCUCAUUUAUCUGUCUCGGUUUUCUGUAAAAGUUCCCCCUAUCCCUCUGCUUUUUCUUCUGUCUUUAUAGAAUCUUGAGCCCUUUGAAUUAAUUGUCUUUGUUUCAAAUUUACCCCUUCUUCUUCUUCUUCUUCUCUUUGUGUCUAUUUGUAUGUAUGUGCGAGAGAAAAAGAGUUGUAAUGUAACGUGAUCUUCACCAAAGACUCGGUGUAUGCAAUUAAAAGGAUCGUAAUCUACGUCUAAAAAGUAAAAACUGAAGCUUUUUGGCUUCAUGUGCCUCAAAUUUUUUGUAUUCUUAUCAAAAAGAUCUACAAGAUUUCACUUGCUUCCUGCUUUCCUCUCUCUAACUUUACCAUUUUGGUGAGAGAACUGCAAAAAAUCUCGUUUUUUGAUCGAACCAGGCAUGGGUUUCUUCAAGAUCUGAUUUUCUUUUUUGUGUCCAGAUCUUGUGAUUUGAAACAGCUUUCGUCGAUUUCUUCCCUUUCUUCCAAGUUCUUUCUUAUUAAAAAGAAUUCGAGAUUCGCAAAUGCCUUUUAUGUCGUUUCGCAAUUGAAAUAUUGAUUGUGGGUAUGUUCGAUUUCUAGGGUUUCUUGGAUUCUGGAGACUUUUCUAGGGUUUCUGAAUAUGGGUUCUUUUCCCCAAAAUGUAGUCGCUUUGAUCUGAGUGGUUUCGUUUGUUUUCAAUCGAAUUCAACCUGUUAAUCUCACAAUGUUGAAGCAAUUUCUCGCCAAGCUUCCCAGGAGAUCACCGAAGUCUUUUGAAUCUUUCGAAGAUCCUUCAAAUAGUCCCAACAAUGGCGGAUUUCAAAGAACCACAAGCUUAAACAGCGCAUCACCAAAACCCAACGCACCCAAAAGAACAUCAUCAGCUGUUUUCCCAUCAAGCGUCAUCGCCGGAAUCGAACCUCUUUUACCCUUCAAAGAUGCUCCCGCUUCAGAAAAAAUGUCGCUUUUCAUCAGUAAGUUAAGUCUUUGCUGUAUGGUUUUCGAUUUCAAUAAUCCCACUAAGAACACAGCUGAGAAAGAUCUCAAACGAUUAACAUUAAUCGAGCUUCUCGAAUUCAUCGCAUCUGGGCCCCCCAAAUUCUCCGAGCCUGCCAUCUUAGCAUUAUGUAAAAUGUGUUCGAUCAAUCUCUUUAGAGUUUUCCCUCCAAAUUACCGAGCUUCAAGAUCCAACAAUGGCGGAGAGAAUGAUGAUGAUGAACCCUCCUUCGAUCCAGCAUGGCCCCAUUUACAACUUGUGUAUGAUAUCUUACUCAAAUUCGUAAAUUCACCUUCUGUCGAACCCAAAAUUGCAAAAAAAUACAUCAAUCAUUCAUUCAUAUUGCGAAUUCUCGACCUUUUUGAAUCCGAAGAUCCUCGAGAACGAGACUGUUUGAAGGCGAUAAUGCAUCGGAUUUAUGGCAAAUUUAUGGUUCAUCGGCCCUUCAUCCGAAAGAGCAUAAGCAACGUGUUUUAUCGAUUUGUUUUCGAAACCGAUAAGCACAAUGGAAUAGCAGAAUUGUUGGAGAUAUUUGGGAGUGUGAUCACGGGGUUUGCAUUACCUUUAAAAGAAGAGCACAAGAUUUUUCUUUGGCGGGUUUUGAUUCCAUUACACAAACCGAAAAGUUUAGCGGUUUAUUUCCAGCAAUUGUGUUAUUGUGUUACACAGUUUAUAGAGAAAGAUCCGAAGUUAGCUAGCACAGUGAUUAGGGGGUUGUUGAAGUAUUGGCCAAUUACUAAUAGUCAGAAGGAAGUGAUGUUUUUGGGAGAGGUUGAGGAGAUUCUUGAAGGGAUUAAUAUGGGGGAGUUUGAAAGAGUCAUGGUUCCCUUGUUUUGGCGGAUUGGAUGCUGCAUCAAUAGUUCGCAUUUUCAGGUGGCGGAGAGGGCGCUACUUUUAUGGAACAACGACCAAAUCUUCAAUCUAAUCGGACACAAUCGACAAGUGAUCUUACCAAUAAUCUUCCCAGCUCUUGAAACAAACGUGCAGACUCAUUGGAAUCAGUCGGUUCUUAAUCUAACACUGAAUGUUAGAAACGUGUUCACAGAGAUGGAUAACAUGUUGUUUCUAGCCUGCCAUGCCCAUUUCAUUGAAGAACAAGAGAAACAGAGUUUAGCAGUGGAGAAAAGGAAGGAAGCGUGGGAUCGGCUCGAGAACGCUGCAAGUCUUCAGCCGAUAUCCGGGAAUACAACGGCUGUUCUUGUUCCGAUGCCUCGAGUAAAUUGAAAUCGACUUUUCUUUCUUUUUUAAGUAUGGGUGUCUUUUUGUUAGGUGGUGUUAAGUUUUUGUAUUUUGAUGAUUCAUUGUUGUAAUAUGAGUUGCAUCAUGGAAAAUCUUAUGAUGAGGUGCUCAUGGAUUUUAUGGAAAUUAACAACCACCCCUUUGUUGCAUCA